CGAAAACCCUAGACAAGAUCAUCGUGCACCAAGAUGUUGCUCAAAAUCUUAAGAAAUUGGUUACAGAAAAAAGAUUGCCCGCAUUUGCUGUUUUACGGGCCAUCAGGGUCGGGUAAGAAAACCCUAAUUAUGGCCCUUAUCCGGCAGAUAUUUGGGGCCACUGCCGAUAAGGUGAAAGCUGAGAACAAAGUCUGGAAAAUUGAUGCUGGAACUAGGACUAUUGAUGUAGAGCUCACUACAUUAUCAAGCACUCAUCAUGUGGAAUUGAGUCCUGGUGAUGCUGGAUUUCAAGACCGAUAUGUUGUUCAAGAGGUAAUAAAAGAAAUGGCAAAGAACAGAUCCAUUGACACCAAAGGAAAGAAGAGUUUCAAAGGUAUCCCUUCACAAACAACCAAGCAGUACCUCCAAUGGACUGGGAGGAAUAUGUUGCAGAGUUUGCAUCAGACAUAAUGAAGGAACA